AUGGGCCGCCUGGGCCUCGCGCUGCUGCUCGCGCCGGCUCUGCGCGCCGCCGACGACCGCACCUGCGCCGACGACCACGAGAACUGCGAGUUCUGGGCGUCGCAGGGCGAGUGCUUCGACAACCCGUCCUACAUGAGGACGCACUGCGCCCUGUCCUGCGAGUCCUGCGCGCCGGACGGCGCCGGCGCCGGCGACGCGCCGGCGUGGACCGGCGGCUGCUUCGACCGCGACGCCCUCUGCGGCGACUGGGCCGCGGCGCGCGAGUGCGACGUGAACCCGGGCUGGAUGCUCGAGAACUGCGCGGCGUCGUGCGGCGCGUGCGAGCGGCCCGGCGGCGCCGCGCGCGCGCGCGCGCGCGAGGGCUGCGCCGCGGCGCUCGCGGCGGCGCGGGCGCUGCGGCCCCUGGGCCCCGGCGACGCGCGCCGGACGCUCGACCGCGCCCUCGCGACCGGCGGCGCCGUCGAGCUCCACGGCGACCCCCGCGUCGUGUACCUGCCGGCCUUCGCCCAUCCGCGCGAGGCCGACGAACUCAUCGCGCGGGCCCUCGACGCCACGGCGGGCUGGGAGCGGUCCAUGGACGCCGGGAGCCACAUCCUCGAGGACGGCACGUACUCGCGCGUCGUGUCGCGAUGGCGCACCUCCGACAACGCGUGGUGCACGACGAAGCGGUGCCUCGGCGACGCGACGGUCGUCAACGUGACGCGGCGCGCCGCGGACUUGUUGGGGACGACGCCGGACCACGCCGAGCCGCUCCAGCUCCUGCGCUACGGCCCGGGCGACCGCUACCGCGUCCACGGCGACUGCCUCCCGGAGCAGGUCCACAUGCCCUGCGGCCUCCGGGCCUUCACGCUCCUGCUCUACCUCAACGACGUCGCCGCGGGCGGCGAGACCGUCUUCACGAAGCUCGCCAACGUGUCCGUGGCGCCGCGCAAGGGCGCCGCGGUCCUCUGGGCCAACGUCGACGACCGCGACGACCCGCUCGCGACCUGCGACGACCGCACCUUCCACGAGGCGCGGCCCAUCGACGCGGGCGUCAAGCAGGCCGCGAACAUCUGGUUCCACACCCACGACUUCAGGACGCCCUACCGCCUCGGCUGCACGGGCUAA